AUGUCGGCGUACGACGAGGUGGAGAUCGAGGACAUGGAGUGGAACGCGGAGCUGAAGGCGUACACGUACCCGUGCCCCUGCGGCGACCUCUUCCAGAUCACGCUCGACGACCUCCGCCUCGGGGAGGAGAUUGCGCGCUGCCCCUCGUGCUCGCUCUUCCUCACCGUCGUCUACAACGCCGAGGACUUCGCCGACGCCAAGGAGCCGACCCAGAAGCCGUCCCCGAGCCCAGUCGCCGUCGCCUGA